AGGAGAGGGGCUGUGGCUGAUGCUGCUGCUAGCCUGUAUCCAAGGGGCCAGACAGACAGAGAAGGAGACAGACAGCCUGAAAAUUGGGACCACACAGGCACCACCAUCAUCAUCUCAACACUGAUCUGGAGGAGGGAGCAGCAUUGUGAGGAUCUGAGCUAAUCUCUGGUGAGGAACACAGACACAUUGAAAACAUGACCCUAGCAGCGUACAAAGAGAAGUUGAAAGAGCUCCCCCUGGUGUCUCUGUUCUGCUCCUGCAUCAACCCUCAGACCAUCGACUGUAAGCCCAUAUACAAAGCAGAAGAUGCGGUGGAUCUGGGCUGGUGUGUGAUAAAGGACGUAGAGGUGAUAGAGUUGAACAAGCGUGCGUCGGGCCAGGCCUUCGAAGUCAUCCUGAAGCCCCCGUCGUUCGAUGGCGUCCCAGAGUUCAACGUUACCAUGCCCCAACGCAGGGAACUCUCCAUGGAGGAGAUCCAGAAUAAACUAGAGGCUGCAGAGGAGAGGAGGAAGUGCCAGGAGGCUGAGCUGCUGAAGCACCUGGCAGAGAAGAGAGAGCACGAGAGAGAGGUGAUCCAGAAGGCCUUUGAGGAGAACAACAACUUCAUCAAGAACUCCAAGGAGAAGCUGGAGCAGAAGAUGGAGGCCAACAAGGAGAACAGAGAGGCUCUGCUGGCGGCCAUGUUGGAACGGCUGCAGGAGAAGGACAAACAUGCAGAAGAGGUGAGGAAAAAGGUACUAGCUUUGGCAGAUGUGGUGGAUCUGGGCUGGUGUGUGAUAAAGGACGUGGAGGUGAUAGAGUUGAACAAGCGUGCGUCGGGCCAGGCCUUCGAGGUCAUCCUGAAGCCCCCGUCGUUCGAUGGCGUCCCAGCGUUCAACGCUACCAUGCCCCAACGCAGGGAACUCUCCAUGGAGGACAUCCAGAAUAAACUAGAGGCUGCAGAGGAGAGGAGGAAGUGCCAGGAGGCUGAGCUGCUGAAGCACCUGGCAGAGAAGAGAGAGCACGAGAGAGAGGUUAUCCAGAAGGCCUUUGAGGACAACAACAACUUCAUCAAGAACGUCAAGGAGAAGCUGGAGCACAAAAUGGAGGCCAACAAGAAGAACAGAGAGGCUCUGCUGGCGGCCAUGUUGGAACGACUGCAGGAGAAGGAAGAACACGCAUUAGAGGUGAGGAAGAAAAAAGAACUGAAGGAGGAGGCCUGCCAUUAGACGAGCGGAAAGAUAGAGGGAGAGAGAACGGAGGAGUGGUUUUGUGUCAUAAAAAAAAACAAGAGAUCAAGACAAUGAGGGGAAAAAAAGAAAAACCAAAAGCUGCCCCAUCAGAGCGAUGAAGACAGGAGUUGAUGUACAGUACCAGUCAAACGUUUGGACACAACUACUCAUUCAAGUUUUUAAAAAGUUAAAAUAAACAACUAUUUUCUACAUUGUAGAAUAAUAGUGAAGACAUCAAAACUAUGAAAUAACACAUAUGGAAUCAUGUAGUAACCAAAACAGUGUUAAACAAAUCAAAACAUAUUUUAGAUUUUAAAUUCUUCAAAGUAGCCACCCUUUGCCUUGAUGACAGCGUUGCACGCUCUUGGCAUUCUCUCAACCAGCUUCACCCGGAAUGCUUUUCCAACAGCCUUGAAGGAGUUCCCAUAUAUGCUGAGCACUUGUUGGCUGCUUUUCCUUCACUCUGCAGUCCAACUCAUCCCAAACCAUCUCAAUUGGGUUGAUGUCGGGUGAUUGUGGAGGCCAGGUCAUCUGAUGGAGCAUUCCAUUACUCUUUGGUCAAAUAGCCAUAACAUAGCCUGGAGGUGUGUUGGGUCAUUGUCCUGUUGAAAAACAAAUGAUUGUCCCUGUAAGCGCAAACCAGAUGGGAUGGCGUAUUUCUGCAGAAUACUGUGGUAGCCAUGCAGGUUAAGUGUGCCUUGAAUUCAAAAUUAUUCACAGUGUCAUCAGCAAAGCACCCCCACACCAUCACACCUCCAUGCUUCAUGGUGGGAACCACACAUGCGGAGAUCAUCCAUUCAUCUACUCUGCAUCUCAUCUCUGUUUUUUGGCCCAACCAAGUCUCUUCUUAUUAUUGGUGUCCUUUAGUAGGGGUUUCUUUGGGCUGCAAUCUGAGGUGCAGUUAGCUCUAACGAACUUAUCCUCUGCAGCAAAAGUAACUCUGGGUCUUCCUUUCCUGUUGCGGUCCUCAUGAGAGACAGUUUCAUCAUAGAGCUUGAUGGUUUUUGCGACUGCACUGGAAAUGCAUUCCAGGUGACUACAUCAUGAAGCUGGUUGAGAGAAUGUCAAGACAGUGCAAAGUUGUCAUCAAGGCAAAGGGUGGCUACUUUGAAGAAUCUCAAUUAUAAAAUAUAUUUUGAUUUGUUUAACGCUUUUUUUGGUUCCUACAUGAUUCCAAAUGUGUUAUUUCAUAGUGUUGAUGUCUUCACUAUUAUUCUACAAUGUAGAAAGAAGUUUAAAUUUUUUUAAAAAAACACUUGAAUGAGUAGGUGUUCUAAAACUUUUGACUGGUACUGUAUGCGUCAACGAUUUGGAACAAGCGCACAAACUAAACCGUUUUUACUUGGGGGAUUUGACUACAUACAACAAAAACAUUGCGAUGAAAUACAAGAGAAAAUAAGAAGCGAAUGCAGUGCUUGUCUGGCUGGCAGAUCAAGGUGCGCACGAAUGAGGAAGUGGUCUGGUAGUGUGAGGGGGGUGAUGUAAAUGAUUAUGUUAGAAUGGGUAUGGUGCCUUAGUCAACCGCAGAACCGUUACUGUAAAUCAAGUUACGCAGGCUACAACGCAACACCCUUAUAGAGCCCACUUUCCCAUAGUUUACACGCCUCACAUCUACGCUCAUACACAAUCUCUCUGUAUCUCACAUGCAAGCUUUUACACAUUAGAGCUAUUUAUACCGUGAAACAUUUUCCCUAUAGCUUUAACAGAAUGCUGUGAACAGUUUAUGCACGUGUUCCAUUCUACGUGUUCUAUUUUGGAAUUUACCAGGAAACACUAUAAAUGAUGAAUGAUUUGUGAAUGACAGAUAAAAGAUUGAGUUGUGUCAUUGGAAAAAGCUCUCAAGUAAACUUGACCAACUUGAGUUAGUGAUAGUAAAUUGACUUCAUCCACAUAGCUACAGACUUAAGAGUACAAAAUGGACUCUGUUUUAAUGGACAUAUGAUCAUCACUCUCUUUUUUUAACCAUGACUCAAUAAAAAAAAUACUCCGAUACAAAAGAACAUGGAGCAGAACACACCUUGGAUGUUAGGGAGGGUGAGGACCUGGUUCCGAUUGGUUCAUUGAUUGAUUGACAGGAUGGUAAACUGCGCUGUCAGACCAGACCAUCCAAUGGGUACGCUUUGCUUUGGCAUGUCACUGUACUUACUUGUUAACUGUGAUUGUCUGUUGUUUUUUUGAUGAUAGAAGAAGAGAGAGAACGAAAGAAUGAGAGAAGAGAUUGAUGUUAGCUGGAGCCACUCUGGGUACAUCCUAAAUGAGAGGAAAAGAUUGGGGUUGAUGUUAGCUGAAGCCACUCUGGGGACAUCCUAAAUAAGAGGAAAAGAUUGGGGUUGAUGUUAGCUGAAGCCACUCUGGGGACAUCCUAAAUGAGAGGAAAAGAUUGGGGUUGAUGUUAGCUGAAGCCACUCUGGGUACAUUCUCAAUGUCUCCUUAUUCCCUAAAUAGGCUUCAUUUACACAGGCAGCCCAAUUCUAAUAUUUUUUUCUCUCACUUAUUUGUCUUUUGACUAAUCACAUCAGAUCUUUUCACAUCAGAUCUAUUUCAGAUCUGAUUGGUCAAACGCAGCCAGGAACAGGGUAUAGGGAAUAGGGAAUAGGGAAUAGGGUAUAGGGAAUAGGGAAUAGAGUGCUAUUUAGGACGCAAGUCUCUGUCUUCAUUGUGGCGUUGUGUGAAAUGUUUGUUGGGGGAAUGUGGGGGUUUUAACUUGCGAUGUGUGUAUUUGUUAUGUUCUUCUCUUUGGCAGUAAACGCUUCUCUUGACUGAA